GGACCCUGUGAUUUCAUUACUUUUUUAGCUCGACCGAUCUCUACUUCGAGAAGCAGCGAAGAUUUAAAAGUUUUUGCUUUAGAUCUCCUGGCAAUCAAACUACUUCCAGCUUAUUUCUUCAUUCUGCAUCCGGAUGAAGAAACCGUUGGUUACAGUCGGAUGCUGGUGGCUCGCAUCCUGGCCACUGACCGCUGCAUUUGUAGCAGCGGCUUAGUAUUGGUGGCUCUGGCGCGGUUGCUCCUCUAA